CUGGGAUGAACCUGGUGUGUCGGUUCUUCAAGACUAAAAGCAGCACAGCGGUCACCGGACGCCCACUGAAGCAAGCGGCAUGCUGACGCCGCCAAGCCUGUGCGGAUGCGCCCUGAUGGCGCUGGUUCUUGCCUGCGGCGUAGCGGGGGUCAGGGGAGAGGAGAGAGGAUUCCCGCCAGCCCGCGCCACUUCGUGGCUUCUGGGGACCCGAGAGAUAAUGACGCCGCCUACUAAGACCUCCUGGUCGGGAAGUUCCAACUCCAGCCUGCCACAGUCCUUAGCACCUGCACAGAAGCCUAAAAGAGGGAGAGUGGCAGGACCCCCGCCACGCACUCCUUCCCUUCCCCCAUGCCAAGGAAACAUUGAAAUCAAGGAGACAUUCAAAUACAUCAACACGGUUGUAUCCUGCCUAGUGUUCGUGCUAGGCAUCAUCGGGAACUCCACACUGUUGAGAAUCAUCUACAAGAACAAGUGCAUGCGAAACGGUCCCAAUAUCUUGAUUGCCAGCCUGGCCCUGGGAGACCUGCUGCACAUCGUCAUUGACAUUCCUAUCAAUGUCUACAAGCUGCUGGCAGAGGACUGGCCAUUUGGAGCUGAGAUGUGUAAGCUGGUGCCUUUCAUACAGAAAGCCUCCGUGGGAAUCACUGUGCUGAGUCUCUGUGCUCUAAGUAUUGACAGAUAUCGAGCUGUUGCUUCUUGGAGCCGAAUUAAAGGAAUAGGAGUUCCAAAAUGGACAGCAGUAGAAAUUGUUUUAAUUUGGGUGAUCUCUGUGGUUCUGGCUAUCCCCGAAGCCAUAGGUUUUGAUCUGAUCACAAUGGACUACAAAGGGAGUCGUCUGCGAAUCUGCUUGCUUCAUCCCAUUCAGAAAACAACCUUCAUGCAGUUUUACAAGACAGCUAAAGAUUGGUGGCUCUUCAGUUUCUACUUCUGCUUGCCACUGGCCAUCACUGCACUGUUUUACACCCUGAUGACCUGUGAAAUGUUGAGAAAGAAGAGCGGCAUGCAAAUCGCAUUGAAUGACCACCUAAAGCAGAGACGAGAAGUGGCCAAAACAGUGUUUUGCCUGGUCCUUGUUUUUGCCCUCUGUUGGCUUCCCCUUCACCUCAGCAGGAUCUUGAAGCUCACUAUUUACGAUCAGAAUGAUCCCAACAGAUGCGAACUUUUGAGCUUUUUAUUGGUGUUGGAUUACAUUGGCAUCAACAUGGCCUCCUUGAAUUCCUGCAUUAAUCCCAUYGCUCUGUACUUGGUGAGCAAAAGAUUCAAAAACUGCUUUAAGUCAUGCUUGUGCUGCUGGUGCCAGUCAUUUGAAGAAAAACAGUCCUUGGAGGAAAAGCAGUCGUGCUUAAAGUUCAAAGCCAAUGAUCAUGGAUAUGACAACUUCCGUUCCAGUAAUAAAUACAGCUCAUCUUGAAAGAACGAAUAUUCACUUAAUCUUAUUUUCUUGAUUUUGGACAGACGUCAUUAUAACAAAAUGAAUCAUUUGCCAAAACAAAACAAAAAUCUGUAUGUUGGUACAAAACUAUGUAAAAAUGUAAGCAGGGUUAUUUUAACACUCAUCGUUACACCUGACAUUUUAUGAGCUGUUUACAAUAUGAGAAGAAAACCAGUGAGAAUUAAGGAAAGCCUCAUGGUGAAAGCACUUAUUUUUUUACAGUUAGCACUUCAAGGUAGUUCUUACUAAUCGUUUCUAGUGUAUACAUACACACCUUAGAUUUCAAAAUGAGCUCACUCAUAAUUCCUGGUAAAGAGGUUUAUUUUUAAAUCAGAUUCGUCUGAAUAAAGGAAAAAUGUGCCACUUAUUAUGUAAGACAUAUUUUUAAGUAAAGUUUCAAUUGCUCAAUUUGAAUAUUUUAAAAGUCCUUUAAUAAGCAACUUUUCAAUGAAUGGCAUCACAUCUGUGGUCAAACUGUAAGUGAAUGCAAAAUGAAAAGAGUUUAGCUAGUUUAUUUUUUGCAUGAUAGAAACAUUUAGGAGAUCAGGAGAGAGUAUCAGAGAGAGAGAGAGAUCAAGGGUCAGUUCUUUGCAUUGAAAUGAAAUCAAUGUCAGGAAAGAAAGAGAAGGCUUGAACUGUUGUCACAGAAGACUUUAAAAUCUCCCUAUCACAUGAUCUACAAAGAAAAUACCACCUACAGUUUUUUUCAGGAUUACUGCCUAUUCUUCCUUCRGUAUGGUAGUUUAUUUGUUUACUUUUGUCAUCUGUAAAUACUUAACUACACACACUACAUGUAGAUGAUUAAACAAGGGGCAGGCCCCUGUGUUCAUAGCUUUAUGAUGGAGAUUCCAGUGACCCCAAAACGGACAAAAUGUGAAUUGCCUGGYGCAGUGUCCACACAGCAAUAGAGCAAGGCGCACCCUCCCUCCUUGCUGUAGUCAAAAUGAUCUCUAGCUCUAAGUAUACUUAGAAUACUAUUUUCUAAAAUCAUACAAAUUAACCAAUUUAACAGCUACCUGUGAGGCUUAUUACUAACUUUUAAAUUUUUUUUUUUUUUUUUAAUAACCAACAGAAAGGUGUUCUUGACGUGGUGAUUUUCUAUCACCAGAAGGCAAAACUUCUUUUUAGGAGCGUAAAAAAACCUUCACUUUGUGCAUUCUGAUCUAAUUUUUUAAUCUCUGCAGCAAAGUGCCUUAGAUUAAUUUGGAAUGAGAUGCGUUUGAAAGUAUGUACAAGAGAAAAUGGCAAAGAGAGGAAAUGAGAUGGGGUGGGAGGAAACCCAUGGGGACCCAUUCUCCCAUGCUGAGCCUGGAGUUCGUCACGGCUCCGUCACAUCAAUGCGAAAGGUCCUGAUUCUGUUCCAGCAGAACACAGUUCAGUGUUCUCAGAGCGACUUCAGGAACAAAUUGGGCCCAAGAGCUUUCUGUCUUAAAAUAUAACAGAAUUUCCAAUUUAUUUCUUUUAGGAAGUCAGGCCACAUGUUGGAAAUAAGCUAGGAAUGUUGUUUUCUGCCAGAAUCCAAUGUGACAAUACAAUAAGCUGAAACUCAAUAAUGUGGCAAAAAAAAAAGAGGGGGCAAUAAUUAAAUGAUUAGUUCAAUGCCACAUGGAUUAUCUUUGCAAAUUUGUUUAUUAAUUUCUUCUCAAUCACUUUUUCAAAUGCCUGUCAUCAUAAAAGACAUUUCAGAUUUUCAACUUUAAAUCAACGUUGGGCCAUUUAAUUGUCUUCACAGUUUAUGAAUAGAUCUUUUUUCCUGUUUCAAUUUUAGAUCAUUUUAUUACCAUUUACUGAGAUUUUAUAUCCUAAUAACCUUCUCGUUUACACUCCAAUGCUGUUCCUUCUCUAUGUCAGAAUCCUGGUUUGUAUCAUCUUGCCAAAUUUUAAAGCUGAAACUAAGAAGACUUAUGCACUAUUUGUAAUAAAAUGAUAUUCAGUAGCUUUUCAAAAAAAAAUUGUUCAAAAUUUUGACAUACUGAUAAAGGGUGGUUACAAACAAUCACGAUUUCUUUGCAUGAUGAAAACUAAGAUGGAAAAGUGCUACUCUUUAACUUUAAAACAAAUUUCCUAGUACAAAGAACUAUUUAAUAUAACAACAAAAAUGGUGUUAACAUGGAUCUUAUAGCUAAAAGAUUUGCAAGUGAUUUUAACCUGUUUUCUUCCUUAUUACUCACUGCUAACAAGGGUAUAAUUUCAGACACCUUUUAAUAUUAACAGCUUACACAUGGCCAAAGGAAUACAGUUUAUAGCAGAACAUGAGUAUGCUGUAGCUAACUUUAUAAAAUUGUAAUAUAACCAUGUAAAAUAAUUAUAUAUUUUGUUUUCCCCCCCUGUGGUCACUUAAAGUGGCAACUAUUGUAGUUGCUGUUUCCUUAUUAUGUAAACAAAACCAAUAAAAUUUGUUUAAAAAAAUAGCUUAUCUUUCACUGUGCAGGCACUAAUUCAAUAGAUAUUGAAUAAGUAUUUAAAGGAAAUAGAGAUGUA